CACAUCCAGAUCGGCCGCUUCGAUCCCGAGAUGGCCGUGGAGGAUCUCCGGGCUUCCAGCACCCCUUUCUCACUCUCCUUCUCGGGCAGUGGCUUCCUGGCCCUGUACCAGGUUGGGGUGGUGCAGUCCCUGCUGGAGUUGGCUCCCGAGCUCCUCAGGUCUGCCUGCAAGGUCUACGGCUCCUCGGCCGGCUCGCUCAUCGCCGCCGCCGUCGUGUGCGGCGUCGGCCUCGAUGACCUAAAGGAGUUUUUCUUUGCACUGGCAACAGAAGUCAGGAAAACCAUCCUGGGCCCCCUCUCCCCCAAGUGCAGCUUGCUGGCCAAUCUCAAGGCUGUCCUGCAGAGGAUGCUGCCCGAGGAUUCCUACCUGCUGGCCUCGGGGAGGCUGCACAUCUCACUGACACGGGUGGUGGACGGCCAGAAUGUCAUGGCCUCGGAGUUCAGCUCCAAGGAGGAGCUCAUUCAGGCUCUCCUCUGCAGCUGCUUUCUUCCAAUUUACUGUGGAUUCAUCCCUCCAUCCUACCGAGGAGUGCGCUACGUGGACGGAGGUUUCACGGGCCUGCAGCCCGUGUCCAGCCUGGAGGAGCCCGUCAUCACCGUGUCCCCGUUCACCGGAGAGCUGGACAUCUGUCCCCGAGACUGCCCCGCCAUCUUCUUCUGCUUCCAGAUCUUCAACGGCAGCAUCCAGAUCUCCAUCGAGAACCUGUGCAGGAUCAGCUACGCUCUCUUUCCACCCAGCACCAUGGUCUUGAACGACAUUUUCUCCCAGGGGUACCAGGACACUGCCCUUUUCCUGUACAGGAACAAUGCCUUUGGCUUUAACUACUUCGAUGGCAAUUUCCGCUUUGGCAGCACCUGUGGGAAGAAUGACUCUGGAAAAUCCAGUGGGACACACCCAGGCCUGUGCAAAAGGGUCCCUCAGUGCCUGACCCCUUACUUCCUGCCAGGCUUGUGGAAGAAGGAGCAGGUGAAUGGACUGCAGGACCCACUGGCCAAGGUGCUGCUGCAGCCAUACAGGCUCCCAGCCUUGUUCAGAAAGGGGUAA